AUGGAUUCCACCGCCGACCCCAAGGGCAAGCGCCCUCUCUACCAGGAGGACGGCCUGGCUUACGCUAGGGCCGCCGCAGCUGCUGCGUCCGCGACCGCGGCGGAUGAGGCGGAGGCGAAGCCGAAGCCAAAGCCCUCGUCUUCCUCGGAGGAGGCGAAGCCGGAACCGGAGGCGGAGGAGAUGCCUCCCCUGGUGCUGGUGGCUGAGGACGGCGUGGAGGUGAGAAUUUCCCGCCCCGCGGCGCGGAUGUCGCACAUGCUCCGCCUCCUGAUGGAGGACAGCUGCGCCGACGGCCCCAUCCCCGCCCCCAAUGUCCACUCCGACAUCCUCGACCUCGUCGUCCAGUACUGCGAGAAGCACGGCCCCUACUACGACCCCGAGGCCUCCGAGCGCGCCCGCAACCCCUUCCCGCCCUUCCCCGUCGAGCUCACCCCUACCGUCUCCUCCAUCAAGCCCGUCACCUACGUCGACCCCGACCCGCACGGCCUCAAGGACUGGGACAAGGACUUCAUCUCACUCGACAACUCCACCCUCUUCGAGGUCAUCCUGGUAAAGCGAAUCCUCAACCUUCUUGAUCUAUCUUCUACUCCACAAGACCUUCUGGACCUGGGCACAACAAUGGUUGCUGACAUGAUGAGGGGGAAAAAGCCAGAGGAGAUCCGUGAAAUCUUUGAGAUCGAGAAUGAUUACACACCUGAGCAGGAGGCCGAACUCAGGAAGGAGAACGCGUGGGCCUUCGAGGACUAAAUAAUGAUGCAUAUCUUACUUUUUUGUCUAUGCUGCUACUCUUGGGUUCAUGUACAAAUCCUCACCUUAAGUUCGAUUCCAAGUAGGCCUAGAUGGAUGGAUGAGUCGGUGAAAACCAAAGACUACCAUAUGGAUUUAUUGGUCAUCUUAUUCAAAAUUCUACUGUGAACUGUUGAUGCCUGGAUGGAUGAUUUCAAAGUGGUUGAAUCGACGGAACUUUAAUUCCAACUUGUGUUCAGCUUAGUUAUUUUUGUCAGUUGUACGUGGUUUGCAGUUAAGUUUUUGCUGGCAUCUUGGUGAA